AAAGUAUUCACUUGUACAGAAGAGAAGCAGGGCAGCAAUAAAUACACAUCAGCUUCUCUGCUCCAUUCUAUAAGGCAGAGAAUGAGAACUCAGCUUCCCUUCUGCAGAUAGUGAGGGAAAUAAAGAAGAAUCCUUACUUCACAGCUGUCCCCUCCCUCCUAGAAUACUAUGCUAAGCCUUGGCGUUGGCUCUCAGUCUGGUGCUGAGGAGAGUGUGUGUGCAGCGCCGGGGGGACAGGGACACUGUGCAGUAGGGGAGGCAGCAGCGCCUCCUGAUGCCCAACUAUGCGUCCUGCUGGGAAGGGGGCUCUUCAGUAAGCAGGAGGGCGCUUGAUGGAAAGUGGAGGCAAGGGAAUGUACGUCAGUGCUGGGUCUGUAGGGGAAUGCACAGUUUCCUGAAGUCAUGGAGGGUGACAUUGUAUCCUGUGAGUAUGGUGGCCACUUCUGCACACGUGUGGAAUUAACUGCUAAAGUUUGAUGGUCCAGUGGAUACUGAAGGAGUUGGAGCCGUAGUAGCUGGUACCGGCUGCAGAGAUCAUAUACCUUCCUGUAGGAUUGCUGCCCCGCUCUCCCCCAGCAUAGGGCUCAGUGCCUGGGCUCCUCACAUUCUUCUGCUGCUUGAUACUAUGCGACAAGCAGAGUCUUUGGAUUUGCUCCACAGUCAGGGAUUUUGCUGUUUUAAUGCGGAUUUCAUCGCAGAAAUAUUAUUAAAUCCCUAUAUUUGUAAAGCUUUCCCUCAGAAGAUUGCAAAGGUGGAGCAAGCGGAGGGAGCAGAUGACGGACCCAUUAAUCCUUUCAAUGCAUGGGAAGACCCAGGAACCGCUGCUGUGUGAACCGUCCUGGCUGCAUGUGGCUGUGCUGCUGUAUGAAACUAAUGAUUAGUAGUCUCCUUACUCCACAUGAUCUCCAGCCUUCACAAGGAGGAUGAUGAUGAUGAGCAGCGGCAGCAAGUGACCAUGGUGAUCUGUUGCAGCGAUCUGGGGAUCUGGCUGGGGGAUGUGAUCUAGUGUGUGGAUGCAGUGCUUACAUACUCCUAUCCCUAUCUGCGAUCAUGGUGAUUACUUGAGAGGAAGUGGCAAUUCCUGCUCACCCAUCCUAUUCCCCGCACUGGAAGUCCUCCCGGAUCUAAAUGGAAUUAGUGGAGAUCGAAGCCCCUUGUGUAAGGAACAGACAUGGUCCAUGGGCGCAGCUUGUGUCACAUUGUAACAAGUCUAAUUAUUCUGCAUGUGUCUUGGGCAACCAAAAAAAUAGGAGACAAACAAAGUACUCCAGAAGGACAGAAAUCAUUGCAGUGUGGAUCCUGGACAAAGUAUUCCGAUGGAGGAAUUUUUACCUCUCCCAAUUACCCCAACAAAUACCCUCCUGACAGGGAGUGUAUUUACAUAAUAGAAGCGGCCCCCAGACAAUGCAUUGAACUUCAUUUUGAUGAAAAAUAUGCCAUAGAGUCGUCAUGGGAAUGUAAAUUUGAUCAUAUUGAGGUGCGAGAUGGACCUUUUGGCUUUUCACCAAUUAUUGGACGCUACUGUGGACAACAAAGUCCUCCUUUUAUAAAAUCAAGUGGAAGAUUCUUGUGGAUUAAAUUUUUUGCUGAUGGUGAACUAGAAUCUCUUGGAUUUUCUGCACAAUAUAAUUUCACACCAGAUCCAGAUUUUAAAGAUCUUGGUGUUCUGAAACCAUUACCUGUUUGUGAGUUUGAAAUGGGGGGACCAGAAGGAAUAAUAGAGUCAGUGCAAAUCCUUAAAGAAGGAAAAGCAUCUGCAGAUGAGGCAGUGGAUUGCAAAUGGUAUAUUCGAGCACCUCCACGGUCAAAGAUAUACUUGCGAUUUUUGGACUAUGAAAUGCAAAAUUCGAAUGAAUGCAAAAGGAAUUUUGUUGCAGUUUAUGAUGGAAGUAGUUCAGUAGAAGAUUUAAAAGCUAAGUUUUGCAGCACCGUAGCUAAUGAUGUGAUGCUACGGACAGGACUUGGAGUGAUCCGAAUGUGGGCAGAUGAAGGCAGCCGCACCAGCCGUUUCCAGAUGCUCUUCACAUCUUUCCAAGAACCUCCGUGUGAAGCAAAUUCAUUUUUUUGUCAUAGUAAUAUGUGCAUUAAUAAUACAUUGGUCUGCAAUGGAGUUCAGAAUUGUGUAUACCCUUGGGAUGAAAAUCACUGCAAAGAAAAAAGAAAAUCCAACCUUUUGGACCAGCUAACAAAUACCAGUGGGACAGUUAUAGGGGUCUCUUCUUGCAUUGUUAUCAUCCUCAUCAUUAUAUCUGUAAUAGUACAAAUCAAACAACCUCGUAAAAAAUUCAUCCAAAGGAAGGCAGACUUUGACCAAACAGUAUUUCAGGAGGUGUUUGAGCCACCACACUAUGAAUUAUGCACUCUUAGAGGUCCAGGAGCUGUGGCAGACAUUGCUGAUGUUGCAGAUGAUUUUGAAAAUUACCAUCAAUUACGGAGAUCAUCCUCAAAAUGCAUUCAUGACCAUCACUGUGGAUCAUCCAGCACUAAGGGCAGCCGUACUAACCUGAGUACAAGGGAAGCACCCAUACUAACAGACACACCAAACCAGCCUGCUAAACCCAAUCUACAGCCUAUGAAUAGAAGAAACAUCCUGGUAAUGAAGCAUAGUUAUUCUCAGGAUGCCACCGACACAUGUGAAAUUGAUGAAAUUGAAGAGGUGCCCACUACAAGUCACAGAAUAUCCAGACAUGACAAAUCUGUCCAGCGGUUCUGCCUCAUUGGGUCUCUAAACAAACAUGAAACUGAGUACAACACAACUAGGGUAUGAAAAGCAGAAUUAAGGAUGGCCUGUUUAAUUAUUUAUUUUGCUUUCAGAGAAGAAUUUUUACAACUUUAGGACACAAAUAACAAUGUUCUAUUGAGAAUUAUUUCACCCAUAUUCAGAGAGUGGACUCUGUUCUAAACUCAUUCCACAGCCUUCUUAAUAUAGGAUAUACAGACAUUUCUGCCCUCAACACAACGUUUCUGCUACUCAAUGACAUUGUUGUAAUUUGGUUGCUGGCCACCAAGUGCUCCUUAGUUUUUAAAUACAUUUUGGAAUAUACUGGAUACUUGAAGAAGAAUCUGGUUACUGAUUGCAGAAUUCCCAGCAGUAUUUGGUAUUUUACUUUACAAGGUCAAUUUUGUUUGUUCAUGUGAAAAAUAACCCUCAAUAAAAUUUCUUAAUUUGUGUAUUA